UGCUUAAAAAUUGGUAAUAACCUUGCUAUUUCAUACAUAGUUGACACCAUUGCUGCUUCUCUUGUUGUACCUCAAGAAAAGGAAAUCAUUUGCUUUCUUGGUGCUCAUUUCUAUCAUGGAGGAAAAGGAUGAGCAAGAACUUAACGAAGGUCCAGCAAAGUCAGCAAUUUCGCAUGAGGAAGUUACAACGUUGCAUGACAAUCUAUUUAAUCAAGAGUUGUUUCAGGCCAUUACAAGGCUCGUAUAGUCAGUGGUUAUGGAGAACUUGCAUGGAUUGUCUCCUACUCUCAUUGAACUUGGACAAAAAGAACCUUUGCAACAGUCACUGUGUCCCAUUCCAACCAUUACAGUCGAAAUACCUCAUGAAAUGGACACCACUCCUAGUAGUGGUCCCCUAUCCACCAAUCCAAGGAAGAGACCCACUCGGCGUUACUCGAUAAAAAAAGCUCUUACCGAUAUUAGUAAUGGUUGUCCCCACUUUAGCGAAAACCCAUAUAAUGAAUAUACUGAUUCACUGAAAGAGUGCAGUGACAAUUCUAUUUUGCGGCUUCGUAAGAGGAAAAAAUAUUCAUGGGUAAAUAAAGGUGUCAAAGCACAAAAUAAACAUAUUAAGCGUAAGUUAUUCAUCAGUGAAGAUACGAAGCUUGAUCGGAGUCAUCAUUGGCUAUAUCACUCUCACAUAUCUCCUUAUAUGGAUGGAGAAGAGAUGCAACUGUGCUUGGGCCUUAACUUUCGCCCAGCAAAAGGUAUAAUGUUCAUUGGAGCAAAGUUGGCAAUGGUAGCAUAUAUAUUUGGCAACGGACUUGACCCCAACGAGAUUCUUGUGCCGAAUGACCAUUGUGAAGGGACAAGAAAGGUCUUCUUAACUCUUGUACCAGGAAGUAAGGUCAUUGGAGAUGUGCUCACAUUUGUUGCAUCAAUGAUGUUGAAAGGAACAUAUGGACCAGUUCCAAGAAAACUUGGAAUCAAGUGGUGGCUACCUCCCACCUUUGUUCAAAUUGUGAUGCAUCAUACAAAUAUUUCCGCUGGUACAAUAGACUAUAUUAGAAGCACGUACACAGGUUUUGCCGACAACCUACUCAUGAUAUAUGUCCCUAUACAUAUCGACGAUCAUUGGUUUCUGAUGGUUGUUGAUCGCUUUAUGAGAAAGUGUCUUACAUGGAUUCACUAAAGUGUGAAAAUUUGUUGCCAUCACGAAUGGAUGCAAUGGAGGCAAUGGCAAAGUUGCUAGACAACAUAUUAUCCAAGGAAUCCUUGUACAAGUUUCCCAAUGCUAAAACCAAGUCCAUUACCUUGUAUGAUUUUGAUGAACCCAAGGUUCCACAAUAGAAAAUGGAUAGUAAUGACUGCGGGAUCUUUGUCGCACAAUGGAUGAUAUUGUCAAACCUAUGGAAGCCAUUGGAGAAUCAGGUUGUGAAUGAUUACACCCGCAUGCGCAUUGCUUUGGACUUGGUUAUGCAAGGGUGCAACCCCCUCGUGGAGGAGAUGAAGAAGCUUGCAAUCACAAAUUGGGAUUCAAAGAUGACAAAUACAGUACUUCAUUGUUGAGAAAUUUGACAUUA